CAAAGCCGAAAGUGUCCAACUCGUUCGGCAGCAUCGCUCCUCGCCAGGUGUCGCUCUGGAAGCCCUUUUCCCUUCUGCACUCAGCCUCCGCUCGAGCGCCGACACGGGCCACCAAGAGCCGCCGCCAUGUUCCGCUACGAAAGAGACGACGGAGACGAAGAUGAAGACCAAUACAGCUCGUUUGGAUACGAGAGAGAUUUGGAUCCCGGCUCAUCGAGCGACGAAGACGACAUCAACAGUAUCCAGGACCAGCUGUUAUCCCACGUUCACUACACCAGCAGCUGGAUGGGUGCGUCGCAAAGCCUGCCUGCAACUGUUCCCAAGGCGCUGAUGGGCAAGCAAGAUAGAAGCGAGCCUUCUGACAACGGCCAGAGCGACGACGAUAACGACAACGAUAACAAUAACGACAGCGAUAACAAUAGCGAUGACGAUGACCACGACGACAACGACGACAACGACGACAACGACGAUGACAAGGAUAAAAUUACCAACAAAAACGGCGACCGAGAUGGUGUUGGAAGUCGGAGCGGCAACGAUAUCGAUCGGCCCAAGGUCCGAGCGACCCCAGAGGACGCAACCCUGGUUGGCUCCAUCGGGUCUGAUCCGCUGUCCUCGCCUCGACCAACCAUCCCUCCUGGAUCAAGUGCGGCGGCCUCUCCGAUUACAUUUCAGAAGCAGGCAAUCAAGCCCCCUGUCCUCCAGUCCAGCCUGAAGCCACAGAACGACAGUUUGGAGGUCACCCACGUCAUCCAGCCGGAGCUGUUCUCGGCGCAACUGGAAACGAAGCUUGCCGAUCCCAAAGGCAUCACUCUGGCCGAGCUCCUGGAAUCGCGACCGACGACGGUGAGCAACUUCACCGGCCUGAGUCACCAAAUUCAGUGCAAGUUCUGCAGAGAGAACUCGAGUGCCAGUUUUGCAAGGAGGACCACGAUCCCACAAAAUGCCCGCUUGAAGAUCUAUGCUUCAAUUGCUUUGGACUGGGCCAUCAGCGAAAGGACUGCCCCAUGAGCGAAUCAAAGCGCUUCUGCUACGAAUGCGAUCGGCCGUCCCAUAUGACAGUGGUAAGCUGGCAAUGCCGACUCUGCACCUCUCUGGCGAUGGGAUCGUAACUCUACUUCACAGGAC